CACCACCAAACUCUCACCAAACACCAAAAAAGAGAAUAGGGGAAAAGCAUUCAAUUAAGUUAUAAUACUAAUUGAGAGAAGAGGGGAACCUGAAACUGGCAGCGGCGACGAUGAAAGCUUUGGACUAGCACCGACAAUGAGAAGCUAGGGCUCUAGACGAUAGUGACGAGCACAAACACAUGCAGUGAUGACCAAUGGCAACAGGAGAUGACAAUGACGACCACCACAACUAUGACGAGCAUGACAGUGGCAGUAGCUACAACAACAAGAAAUGAUAUUUUCUAGUAGUGUUGACCCAAAAACACAAGUGAAGAAACCAUCCUACCUGACGUUUUGAUUUGACCUAAUGGCCUCUCGAUUUGACCCUCAUAUUCCAACAUGAUUAAAAAGGACAAGUUGGAAACUGUACUACUUAACAUUCUGGUUUGACCUAUUGGCAUCUCGAUCUAACCCACACAAUCAAACUUGAUAAAAAAAAAAACAAGUUAAGAAACCAUGUCCCCCGCAUUUUGAUUUGACUUACUUGCAUCUUGUUCUAAUCAUUGCAUUCCAACUUGGUAAAAAAAGACAAGUUUAGAAACCAUUCUACUCGAUCAUCAAGGACUACAUUUCCCAUAAUUUUCGCUAACAUUCUUCAAGCUUCUAUAUCUAAACAUUACAUAUUGUGGAGAAUAAUUUAUUUACGAAUAAAUACCCAUAAAUAAUGUAGUGAAUACCUGUUCUCAUCUAGUAGCAUGGCACUCAGAGAGCAAACCAAGGAGGGUGUCCAGAAUGUUAGACCUGAGUCUAAAAGUAUCCUAUCCCCGCUUAUCCCACAGACAAAAACGGAUGAGGAGCAUGUUCCUUCCCCCAAUGACUCUCUUCCAAUGAAUGUCUAUCAUAAUGUUAUGGCACAAUUUCAAUCAUGCCCAUCACGAAGCUUGCAAGUGCUUCCUUAUGAUAGUAGUAGUAGAAGUAGUCACCAACAAUUUCCAAGGUACCUUCCGUUCCAAAUGACUCGAAUCAAUCCACAAGGCAUACCUCCAGCAAUGAUGCCUCAGUAUAAUAAAGGACAUUUAUGGCCUCACCCACCAACUCUCACAGAUUUCCCAAAAUUCGUGCAUGCUUGGGAGGGAACUUUGGUUGGAAGAACUCACUCAUAUCGUGAUUCCCUUAAUCAAGCAAGGGCCGUGAGGAGACCCACAUCACCUGUCAGGCUUACUGCUGAAUGGAGGCCUAGUCUAGACAUCGUCAUCUUCAUACCUACAAAUGCUAUCAACUAUACAAUAAUGACUUAUGGUGGACCUAUUGAUUAUGUGCUCUUUCACAUAACUCAUUUUGACAAUUUCAACUUGCACAAUCAUAUGAGGAGCAAAAAUUUGUGUGCAAAAAUUUUGCUCCCUUACCAGACUAUAAUCUUAUCUUUAACCGAUAGUAAAUAUCACUUCUUAGGAGCAAUUUUCCAUGGGGAUAUGGUAUUUGUUCUACCUGCCUAAGUAUGCACUGUGGCUCUCAAACCAAAGCAGCCCCUUGUCAUGAACAAAAGGUUCAAUGAGUUGUUGUAAGCCAAAACGACACUAAAUUAGGGGGGAAAGAAAGAUGGUGUAGAGAAGAGUGAAAGCAAAGGAAAAAAAAUGGUUGGUACCAGCUGUUGUAGCAAGAAGAGCUAGAGGUAGAAACUAUGCAUAAACAACCAUACUGACUGCCUUGUGGCUCUAAGAAUUUUUCUCUAACUUAUAAAUGUUUGUGUGGACAUUCUAUAUUAUAAGCACUAUGCAAUUUGUUUUUAAGAAUUUAUCUAAAUUUAGUGAUGUUAUGUUUCAUUUUCGCUCUC